AUGAUUCCCAGACCACUUGGCGUAACAGUCGCUCUAAAUUUUUCGUUUUGCAUUACUUUUCUUUCUUUGCUUACAGGAAAAGUGGAGUUUAUAAUUAGCCAGAACAUUGAUGGACUUCAUUUAAGAUCAGGGGUUCCACGAUCUAAUCUUGCAGAAUUGCAUGGCAAUAUAUUCAUCGAACAAUGCAAUAAAUGUAAUAGGCAAUUCAUUCGAGAUUCGCCUACUCCUAGCGUGGGCAAAAAGAGUUUGGCAAAGUUGUGCACUCGGGAACAAAUCGGUAAAAGGCCAUGUCGGGGACAAAUGCACGAUACAAUUCUCGAUUGGGAACAUCAACUGCCUGAUGGAGAUCUUGCUUUGUCUGAUUAUCAUUCUAGCGUUGCAGAUUUGAGUAUUUGUUUAGGCACUUCGUUACAAAUAGUCCCAAGUGCAAAUCUACCUUUACUCACGAAAAAUCAUGGCGGCCGUCUCGUUAUUUGUAAUCUACAAUCAACUAAACAUGAUAAACAAGCUGAUCUGGUGAUUAAUGGCAAUGUUGAUGAUAUAUUUUCCAUUGUUAUGGGAAACUUACUAUUGCAAAUCCCCAAUUAUGAUAGUAGUUUUGAUAUGACGAAAAACAUGAAUACACUGCCGACAAAUAUGGAAUGGACAAUUUCAUUACACCAAAUAAAAAAAAUGAAAGAACUCUACAAAUCAAUCCGUAAAACUCAUAAUCGAAAAAAAAAUGUCAACACAGUAAAAAAAAAUAAAAUUUUUUAGAAAACAACUA